AUGGCAAUAGUGGUGGACUUGUGGAAAAAUCGCUGCUUGCCUCUCACCCAGGACACCGUCACGUCUUGCCGCUCCUACACAGUCAGCUCUGGUCGCUGUGUGGGCAGCUUCAGCUCUUGCUCAGCAAUGACCCCCCAGAACCUGAACCACUUCCAGGCCAGCUCUGUCUCCUGCAGGAGUGGGCCCCGCUUCCAGGGUCUUAGCAGCUUUGGCAGUCGGAGUGUCAUCAGGUUUGGAUCACGCUCACCCCGGAUAGUAGCUGUGUGCCCUCGGCCCAUCCGCUAUGGAGUUGGCUUUGGUUCUGGCGGUGGGAUGGCCUUUGGCUUUGGUGAUGGGAGUGGUGCUGGUCUGGGGUUUGGAGCCAGCAGUGGCCUCGGCUAUGGCUUCGGCGGCCCUGGCUUUGGCUACCGAGUUGGAGGAGCUGGCGUGCCAGCAGCCCCAUCCAUCACAGCAGUGACUGUUAACCAGAGCCUGCUGACCCCCCUCAGCCUGGAGAUUGACCCUGAUGCCCAGAGGGUGAAGGAUGAGAAGGAGCAAAUCGAGACCCUCAACAACAAAUUUGCCUCCUUCAUCGACAAGGUGUGGUUCCUGGACCAGCAGAAUAAGCUCCUAGAGACCAAGUGGAACUUCCUCCAAGAGCAGAAAUGCGCCAGGAGCAACCUGGAGCCCCUCUUGGAGAACGACAUCACCAACCUGCGGAGGCAGCUGGGCGUAGUGAACAGCGAACGGGCCCGGCCAGAGGCUGAGAGGAACAACAUGCAGGAUGUCCGAGGGUUUCAAGAAGAAGUGAGCGAGGAGGUGGGACUCCAGGCCAGCGCUGAGAAUGAGUUUGUGGCUCUGAAAAGAGCCUGCCAAGGUCGGCAGGUUAAACAGUGCACAAGUAAUGAGCAUCUUAUCCUUCCCUCUUUGAUACAGGAUGUGGAUACAGCUUUCUUAAAUAAGUCUGAUCUAGAGGCCCACGUGGAUACCUUAACUCAGGAUAUCAACUUCCUGAAAACCCUAUGCAUGGUGGAAAUCCAGUUGCUGCAGUCACACAUCUCUGAGACAUCAGUCAUCGUGAAGAUAGACAACAGCCGGGACCUGAACUUUGAUGGGAUCAUCGCCGAUAUCAAGGCCCAGUAUGAAGAGAUUGCCAGGCGCAGUCGGGCUGAUGCAGAGGCCUGGUACCAGACCAAAUAUGAGGAGAAGCGGGUGACAGCUGGCCAACACUGUGACAACCUGCAUAACCUGCAUAACACUCGGGAUGAGACCAAUGAGCUGACCCGCCAGACCGAGAAACAGAGGAAUAUAGGAAUUAAGGGGCAGCGCUGCAAGCUGGAGGCUGCUGUGGCCGAGGCAGAGCAGUGGGGAGAGGCAGCCCUCAGCGACGCCAAGUGCAAGCUGGCGGAGCUGGAGGCUGCCCUGCAGCAGGUCAAGCAGGACAUGGCACGGCAUCUGAAGGAGUACCAGGGGCUGAUGAAUGUCAAGCUGGCCCUGGACAUAAAGAUCGCCACCUAUAAGCACCUGCUGGAGGGCGAGGAGAGCCGGAUCUAUGAAGGUAUUGGACCAGUAGACAUAUCAGUGAGCAGUUCCUGGGGCGGCCUGGUGUGCGGGCCCGAGCCUCUGGUCACCACCUGCAGCCUCUCCCGCGGCGGGGUCACCAUCUCGGGCCGCAGCAGCACCCGGUCCAGCGGCUUCUGCAGCUGGAACGUGGGCGGGGCCCAGGUAGUGGGCGGCGGGGACCCGCCGAGCGCGGGCUUCCAGGGAGGGGAGUCCGUGCUGGUGGGCGAGACCUGCGCCCUCAGCGUCCCCUGCCCGCUGCCCACCGAGGGCGGCUUCAGCAGCCGCGGUUCCAGCGUCCACUUCGUGUCCACAACCACCUCGAACCGAGCGCCGGCCAGCCACCGACCAGGAAGAACCAUCUCCACGGCUUCUGCUUCUGUCCCCAAAGUGCCCGGACUCUGGGCCGAGGGCGCUCUAGGAGAAGGUCCUUUCCUUCUCUUCCUGACCCAGAAGGAUCCACCGUUUUGGGUGGGGGCCAAGGGACCCCUGAGUCCCCAGAGAUGGUUCUUCUCUGAACGGCAUAGGUCCUAG